GUAAGCACCUCAAGAGAAUUAGCCAAACUGUGAGAAAGAAAACAUCAAAUGCAGAAGAACAUUUGCGAGAUCCGAUCAAACCGCUUAUUUCAAUUUUGAUUCUGGAUUUCAGACAGAUCUCUCAUAACCACCUAAUUUGAUUAAUCAAAUGUCUAACGAUUCAGCACGUAACCCAUUGCUACCUAAGGAUCAGUCACCUCCCAUGGCUCAAGACUUCAACAUAAACUCAAGAACCUCUUCAAGAAAAAGAAGACUCCGUCGCUCUAGAAGCGCUCCUCGUGGAGACUUCAUCUACAACGACGACAACAACAACAACGACGUCAAACUCAACGAGCCACAUCCUCAUCCAAGCAAAUUCCCAAUGUUCAGAGACCUAAACCCUAAUCUCAGACGAGUCAUCCUCCUCCUAUCUCUAUACCUAACCCUUGGCACCAUCUGCUUCUACCUCGUGAGAAACCAAAUCUCCGGUCACAAAACCAACGGUGUUUUAGACGCUGUCUACUUCUGUAUUGUCACAAUGACAACUGUUGGAUACGGUGACCUUGUUCCCAAUAGCUCAACCUCGAGGCUGCUUGCUUGUGCCUUUGUCUUCUCGGGGAUGGUUUUAGUUGGUCAUCUCUUGAGCCGAGCUGCUGAUUACUUGGUUGAGAAGCAAGAGAGUUUACUCGUUAGGGCUUUUCAUUUGCGUCAGAGCUUUGGUCCAACGGAGAUUCUCAAGGAGUUGCAUACUAACAAGCUGAGAUACAAAUGUUAUGUCACGUUUCUUGUACUUGUGGUUCUCUUCUUUGUUGGUACCGUUUUCCUUGUGAUGUAUGAGAAGAUGCCGGUUAUUGAAGCUUUCUAUUGCGUGUGCUCCACGGUUACUACGUUGGGGUAUGGGGACAAGAGCUUUAACUCGAAAACUGGGAGGGUUUUCGCUGUGUUUUGGAUCUUGACGAGUACUAUAUGUUUGGCUCAGUUUUUUCUAUAUGUGGCUGAGUUGAAGGCAGAGAGUAAGCAGAGAGAGUUGGUGAAAUGGGUUUUGACUAGGAGGAUUACUAAUAAUGAUCUUGAAGCUGCUGAUCUUGAUGAAGAUGGAGUUGUUGGAGCUGCUGAGUUUAUAGUGUAUAAGCUGAAGGAAAUGGGGAAGAUUGAUGAGAAAGAUGUAGCUGGGAUUAUGGAAGAGUUUGAGCAAUUGGAUUAUGAUGAAUCUGGAACUUUGACGACUUCUGACAUUGUUUUAGCUCAGACUACGUCGCAGAUACAAAGGUAAGCCAUGAUGAAUCAGGAUCUUUGUUAAGUUAAUAACCUACACACAAAGCAGAGAAAGUGAAACAGUUUUUUUUUUUUGGAACAUUUAUUUGUUUCUGUUUUGUAAUGCAUUGUUUUUAGUAUUCACUCUUUGACUACAUAUAUAUGUUUGGAUUGAUACGAACAUUUUGUCUAAUAAAACUUAGUUUUUGAUAUUAAUAUUGUGAUGGAG